AUGCCCAUGGGUGCAGGAUUCUUCGAAAAAGCGCGGGCUGACUCGGAGACCUGGGACCUUGGCUUAGUAAUGAAUGAAGGGAAGCUCUUCGAGCUUUCUCCGCCAGCGGCUUAUGUAGUGGUCGGCCUUAUAAAGCUCGCUAAGCCUCGCUUCCCUCUCCCCUUCACUUAUGUUGUGGAAAAUAGUCGUCGGCAUUCUAUAAGCGACUUGACCGAGUCUACGAAGCUUUGCUUUUCUUGUAGUCGGCCCGUAAUGCCUCCCUUCAUUUGCUUGCCUCCUUUCAGCUCAGAAUGCCUAAUGCCUAUUAUUUAG